GAGGAAGAAGCGUCGCUCGUCUCCACUGCUGCAGUGUCGGUUUUGAAAAAAACGGUUGUAACAUUUAUUUCAUAGCUGGUUUGUAUUAAGACAGCAGCUUUCUUAGCUCGCCAUGGCUCUGUGCGGGGGUGUCGGAGCCAUGGCUUUGCCCAGCGAGCUUAUCGUCCAUAUAUUCUCGUUUCUGUCUGACCGAGACAAGCUCCGGGCCUCGGCCGUGUGUUCACGGUGGAGGGAGUGUCUCUUCUACCCCGCGCUGUGGACCGAGCUCAAACUGCGGAUAGGUGGUGGUUGUAACGGCAGCGGGUCCAGCUCCGACGAGACACCUAGGCUGGAGUUUCUCAUGCGGAAGUUUGGCUCUUUCGUGCGUGAGCUACAACUGGAACUCGCUCCGGUGGAGGGCAACCUUAGCCCUCUGAACAACGACCCGUCGUCCGCUAGGAUGGACCAACCUCCAGGACCCGAUGACGACCCGCAACUCUCGGAGCAAAGAAGGGACGCCAUGGCCACCUACUUGGACCAGGUGUUGUGUGUGUUCACCAGCAUCCGAAACAAUAGAAACCUGCAGAAGCUGAGUCUGUAUGGAGACACCUUUAUUCUCCAACAAGAGGGACUACUAGACAGCUCUAACCUCCUUCAGAUUCACCAGGGGGACAAAAAGAUCAAUGAGAUCCAGCAGUUGUUCAUGGAGUUGUUGUCUAACAGCAGGCAGCUGCGGUGGUUGUCCUGUAGCUUCAUGCUGGGUCUCGUGACUCCCUGUUCCUUAGCCUGUCUGUCAAAUCCUUCAGCUGAGACUCUGCAGCACCUCAGUUUGCUGGACCACCAGCUAGGUCCCCUCAUCUCACCAUCAGAGCUAGAUCGUCUCUCUAACCUUCAUUCUCUGGCUCUGGAUUUUUCUGACUUGACAUCUGAGCUUUGCGGUUUGCUGGCAUCUCCUCGCCGAACUCCACUGCAUCGCCUGUCCCUGCUGCUCAAUGGCGCCGCCCUGGAGUUCAAACCAUUAGAAGGGACAGCUACAGAGGAUGACUGGAAGGCACUGGUUCGUGUGAGUGCCAACCUACGAGUGUACAUUAUGGCCCUAGAAGUCGACAGUUCUGAGCUCCUCAGGGUCCUAAAGCCUAGCCUUCCCCUGGAGCGGCUUCACCUCGACAGUUACAGCACGCUGGUGACCGACGCCACACUGGAGCUCAUCUCUCAGCAGUACAACAAAACGCUGACUCAUUUUCUUCUCCUGAGGGAUGGCUCCGACUUCCCUGACCUCAGUGUCAAUCGCAACGAAGACCCAUUGGUCCUCUUGGCAUGGAGAUGUACUCAGCUGGCUGUGCUGGUGAUACAUGGUUACACUGUGUGGUCCCAUAACUUGGUGGCCAUCUCUCGCCUGCGAGGCUCCAGUCUUCGUGUCUUGACCGUCUCUGAGGAGAGCAUCGACUUUGACCCAGACCAGUCGGUGUACAUGGAGGGCGACCCUGUCCAUAACCUGGUUAAGGAAGUUUCUCUGGGCCUUGGCCGUGUGUGGCACCCUUGCCUGGAUUCCAGCCUGGUUUUGUCUGAACCCACCCAGCACUUUCACCGCGAGCUGCAAACCUUCAGCAUGGGCAUGUAGGCACGGGAUGGCAAGCCGAACACAUCACAGCCUAAACUGUGUCAAGAUCAGGCCAGACCACCCAAGUCCAGGUCAACUCAGACCUCUUCACCAGGCCAAAAGCAGACCAAAGUGAGAAAUCUUUAAACAAUCUAUAAAUUACAUUUAUGUGCACUUACGUGAGCUGAUUGUCUUUUAUUAUAUUUUAAUUUUUUUCAGUUUGUUUUGUAAGGGUUUUAGCUUACAAUCAAGUCCUACAAUUUUCAAAUAGAUCCUGAGUUUUUUUUUUUGUUUGUUUUUUCUCCAGAUUAUCUAGUUAGCUUGAAAAAACUGAAUCAACAUUUGUUGCUUUAAGUAUAUUUUAGAGUUGAGACUGUUUGCCUAAAACUGCACACUCUAAUUAAAAUGUGGUAUUCAUUCAGUGUGAAUGAAUACGACUCUUAAGAUCUGACAACUGGCAAGACUUAAAACAUUUUACUUUGUCUGCUAAAAUGGGUCAUCCUCCUGCUUCAAACACCAGCCUGGCCCAGUCUGGUCUGGUCUGGUCUUGCCCACAAGUAUUCAGAGCUCUCUUCUUCACCUUAAUAACCUCCAGAGCCUAUGUAUAAUGUAACCUUGAUUUGUUUCUUUUUUUUCUUUUUUCUUUUUCUUUUUGACUGUUUUCCAUCUCUCACUGCUCUGUGUAUAAUCUUGUUUUUCCUGCGUGGUGGUUCCCUUGCCUGUAUAGGCUUUGUGUGUAUUUAAAUACAGAUAUAUUAUUAUCCUGCUCACAGCAAGAACAGGACAGGCAGGCAGGUUGAGUGAUGAACCGAUAGGAUUUAAGAUGGGAUCUGUUUUGAGACAAAAGCUAUUAGCUUUUCUUUUUUCUUUUUUUAUUUAAUCUUUGCUCUGUGUCAGUCUGUCUGCUCCACUCUAGCAAAAGUUGGAGUUUGUAAACUACCCAAUCAAUGAGUUCCUGGGUACCAUAGCUGCUUCUUCUGUUGCUCUGAAAGAGCACCUUGUGCACUUGUCCACUAGUUGAAGAGCCUUGCCAGCAGGGUGGGAAAUUCCACUGUAAAAUGGCUGACUGUGGCCUGUGCUAAUCAAUGCAGUUUUCACCAACAGUCAUGUCAGCGCCAUGACACAGAGUGGCAUUUCAAAGCCAAAUGGUUUUAUUUUGGGGUUUUGAGCACUUCACCAAUGGUGUUAUGGAGAAUAUUGUUACAUGCUUGCCGCCAACAUACUUCCCAUCCUGCUUACUUGUUGACUUUUUUUGGGAAACCUCACGUCAGAAAAAUUGGAAGCCUUUUCUUCUAACUGACACUCAGAGCCAAACUAUAAAUUUCAACCCAUUACAGUACAGUACACCACUCCUGUGUUCUGUUUUGAGCUGUAAUGAGCUGGCGGUUAAUCUUUGCAUCUUUUUCUAUAUUCAGAGUGAAUAUAUCUGCCUUUCUGAUAACUAUCAGUGGUUUCAGAGCCCUUUUGUAUUAAACCGGUUGCUUCUGUCAUUUGGUAUCCUGAUAACAAUUCCUAUUACUUGCUAACAAGAAGGCAUCAGAGGGGAACCUUGACAUAGGGUCAAAGAAAAGAGCCAAAUGUGCACCAUGAUAUGAAAGGGCUCUGAGAUCAAAGACAUCUUCAGAUAGUCCUGCAAUAUUCUAGAGACAAAAGGGGGGUUUCUUUCAUUAUGCCAUAAAUAACUGUGUUUUGAGAAAUCUAUUUUCUCUAUAACUGCUUCCAAAUUCUUGGUGAGGCUAUGCUAAAACAUCAGCAGUAUUCUUUAGGCGCAGCUUCCUAAGAUGGUAAAUACCAAACUGAGGUUUUGCAGUCAUGCCAGCAGUACUGUAAGUAGGAACCAGUUUUUCUCAGUGGCAGAAAUCUUGUUUUAGGAGUAGAACAUUUCAUGAUUAAGAACAGGGAAAAGAAAAGGAUGCACUGAAUGUAAUUUAACUCGCAUUUCUUAUUCUGUUGGCCAGUCAGUCAGCUUUUUGUUCUACAUUGAAGGCUUACUGUAUAGCUGUAUUUGCCACAGAAAUUUGGCAAAUGCAAAUCUUGCCAGGACAACUGAAUAACGGAGUUUGAACAUUGUAGGUUCCACUGACAGCCAAGACUACUUUUUUUCUUUGUUUUUUUGGGGGAGCAAUGGCGCCUACAGCACAACAAGGUUUCGGGUCUCGUGGCUCUUUUCUGUGGCGAAAAGUUCUUCUUUGUCAGUCUCAGGUAGGUUUUUAACAUCACUAUGACCAAGACAGUGGUGGUGAUGAUGUUGUGUGGGAUGUGCGAAACAAUCAGUAAAUGUGAGAAGUAGUUUUUUCUUUUCUGUUUUUUUUCCUCUUGAGUCACAGUUGCCUUGGAAACAGCCCUUUGUUUUCUGGAUACAGUUGUUGUUGUUGAUGAUGAUGUUGUUUAUCUUGCCAUCUGAUAAACCCUCGCUACACCUCGGUUGGAGGGUCAGCAAACCUAAUCAUACAUUUGUUUUAAAAAGAUUAAGGUUGAUAAAGGCUAAAGAAUGGCAAAACCAAGCUGCUCAUUGCACGUGUUUUAUAUCUCCUGUAGAUAUUGAGGGGGACAGAGAGUGGCCGUGGAGCGGUAAAAAAUCUAUGCUGUCAAUAGAGGACCUGCUGGGCCUAAUUAAUGUCUGAACGGAUGGUAGUCAGUUUUCUAGGGUGAAAUGAUUUCUGCCUGACACAGUGGAUCUUGUCUGGCUUGUUCUUUGAUAUCUAUUCACAAAGGCAUGACUUGGAUUAUAUCCCAGUGUGAAUGCCUUUGUUCUAAAAAAUGAAAUGAAUGUUAUUCAGGCUCUUUGGAAGUGCUAGUAUUCCAUGUCAAGGGUCAAGCCAGGCACUGUAGACCAAAUAGUUUAAGCUCCAGAUAAACGUGAGUAUCAUUAGUUGAUUUGGCCCAGUAUGGUUACAUGUGAAGCUCUAGUGUUGUUUCUGCUGAGUGGUUAUGGGAGCCAUUGUGCACUUGUGUCUUGCAAAGGCAUUUCCUGUGCUGAGUUGGGAUUUUAACAGGAAAAUCAAUGUUAGGUCCGUCCUAACUGUCCUGGGUCAACCAGCCCCUGUCACAAAUGUUACCCAAUCAAAUGGCUUCAGCUCAGACUUAGUUGUAUACAACAUGGAAUUGAGGAUUUGUGGGAUAAUGACACUGCAGACUGUGAAGGUCCAUAUCAAGGUGUAUAGUUUACAAGGUUGAUCUGCGAUUAUUUUUUUUCCUGAUAUGGAACCAGCGUCAUACAGUGUGCCAGCACUUUGCUAGCUUCAGAAUAAUUUGGUCCUAGUGAUCGGCCCGUGGAUACCAAAUGUUUGCUCGUCUGUUAAGGCACCUUGAUGGUUUAGCCAUGAUAAUCUCUCUAGUCCUUGGUUCAUAUCUCAGGAUUAAUGCACUUUGGUACCAAGAGUUACUUUUAAAGGCUGUCUGUGGCUGUAUAUAGCGCUGUACACUCACAUAGUCAGAGGGGAUAGAAAGACCAACAUCACACAUUCAGACCAAAAUGUGUUGGUUUUUAUCUUAUCUUCCUUCUCCCCUCUUCUCCUUUUCCCCUCAUUGCUUUUAAGCGCUCAUCUUUGUUCCUUUUAUGUGAGACAUUUAAGCUGUUACAGCUUUGUAUUGUGUGUAGAUAUCGGCUGAGUAUGGGGCAGGAAAAAAAAACACAGUUUUUAGUUGAAUGUAAUGUCAAACUAGGUAGUUAUCUCAGCUAAGCAAGUAGAUUUUUACUCACAACUGAUUUUAAAAUUUACAGGCUCCACUCCCACUUCCUCCUCUGUUUCCUGUCUUCUCAAGUCUUUAGAUUUUAGUGGCUACUCACUCGUAGUUAGAUUUUGUUUGGGCAGCCCAAUGUAGCCCUUGUGGCAGUGUUUCUGCCCAGAAUAAAAGGAGGGCCUGUGGUUUUUACCAGAAAUAGCCAGGUCAAGCAGAAGAUGUUUGAUUUAGCUAUGAUAAUUCAAGUCACACAGUGUAUAACAAGUAUUCCUCUAGUCAUAGUCACCUUGCAGACAGUUUCAGGAAUAUUUAUGCCAUAAAACUGGAGGUAGAAACAUCAAAACACAUCCAAGUUUUAGUGAAGGUGUUGUGGAGAGAGUUCUUGUUUUGUCCGUGUAAGGAGAGAAGAGGUGAGAAAGUUCUGCCCGGUGUAACAACGCUAACAGGCAAAUUACUUCAGAUAGGUUUUGACCAAUGCUGGGACAACCAUGCAUAGCAUAACUUUUGAAAACUACCACCAGUGGAAAAACAACCAGUCCCUGAUACCUAUGUGUCAUCACCAAUAGCUAAAUAUUGAGCCACCUUGUGCCUGAAAGCCCCUGGAGUCUCACUGCUUUUCAAACCUCAGCUCUCCCCUGUUAUUGGCUUUGUGUUAGGUGUUAGUCGUUGCUGUGAUUGUUAGUUCACUCUUUAGGGAUGCAGCGUUGUGAGCUACAGUGGCGAAGAUUUCACCACUCGUGUUUGAAUUUCUCUUGGAGCGUGCCUGUAUUUUCUGCGCAAGUUUUCAUGUGUAUCCAGUAGAAAUGUGUGAUUAAGAUGUGUAUGUGAACCAGCUGUCAGCCGUGCAGCCAUCAUACAUUUUCUGCAUGCGUGUGUGUGUGAUUAUGUGUAUUUAAGAGGGGCUUGCUUAUGUUCAGCAGUGUAGUCUUAUCACUUCCACUGCAGCAGGAAACAGGAACAGAAAUCGUUCGUUCUCAGGGUACAAUUGGUUUUCAAAACGGAGGAGGAUGAAAAGUAACAGUAGCUCAGGCCUCUAGCUCGCUCAUAUGGAUAUUAGGAGUCACUGGAUCUGUUCUCCUCCCUUGAUGUGUUCUAAGCUGCCAAAGACCACAGUGGAAGAACCCAGACUCGAGUCUAUCUGAAGUGCCCGCGUACACUCACAAACACACAUUGGCGGGAGGCUGGUCCAGUAUUCUUUUCUCCUCCACACCUCCCAGUACUUUCUGUUCUGACAUUUAUCUGCUCUUUUUCCAACUCUUAGUUUCUUCCACUGACUAGUAAUACUCUGCUUUUGUGUGUCCACACUCUGUCCUUGCUAUACUUUGGUCCGUACUGUGCUGGACCUGGUAAAAUGUCAACGGUCUCGUCAUGUGGUUGUAGUGAAUAUAGACCAAAGCAACAAAGGUUUGGCCUGUCUUGUGUUAGCGGCUGAAGCCUGUGUGUAGUCGCACAGGACUGUGUUUUGGAAAGCGUUACUGGUCGUUUAUUUCCAUCUUGUUACUUAAUAAGGGUUAGCACCAUUGUUGCACAACUUGUACAAUGUGGCCAAAUUCUUACCUCUGAAUGGCACUCAGGGUCUACAGUGCAUGUUGCUGAGGCGUCAUAGAUCGAAGCCAGACCUGUCCAGUGCAGUACAGUUCUAUAGUGUGACAGAGGCUUAAACAGAGAGGUCUGGAGUUGGACCGCUCACCACCAUAUUCUUCCCUCUUUCUCUUUCCUGUCCACCACCUGUUUCACUGUGAGGAGAGAGUGAAUGUAAACCUAAAGGCGAGGAGAACGAAGAGUUUGGUUCAAUCUUAGAACAGGUCAAGGACUAAACACUCCCACAGAUGCUUCCAGAAGUUACAGAAAGCAGCUUCCCAGCCAGGACAAUGGCCCGUGUGUCUGAUGUGAUGUGUUGAAUGGCUCGUAGCCGAGGUCAAAUUUGAUGGGAGGUGUUUAGUCCUGGGCUUUUGUAGCUGUAAAGUGAUUUGCUGCUAGAGAUCUGCUAGGAACAGGACAUUCCACGCGGGGGUCGCUCAGGCCGUCUGACUAGCAAACCGUUUACUACAUGGCUACAAUGUCUGCAUGAAAAUUAGACUCUAUAUACUGAUAUAUUCUAUUUUUUUUACUUUUAAUGGUCUGUUUUUGAAGGGAUCGGGGAUGCAGCUUGUACUGAUGAGUCACACCAGAUCAGCAGCUGGUCUGAGCAGAGUGGAGGUGUGAUACCAUUUAGAAGUGGAUGUUCAGAGUGUGUCGCUCUUUCAAAGGUCAACUGUGUUUCUACUGUCUGUUUCUGCGAUGCCGUGCUUCAGCAUCCUGAGGCCAUUUUGGGGCCUUUUGUGUCCGGUACACAAAAAGUCACAAGUUAAAGCAACUUGAUGUGACUGUUAAAUAUGAGGACUAACCGCUUUUUGCAUGAAUACAUACUUUGAAUCAAUCUGGAAAAUAAAGAACAUCACAAUGCAAAAGGAGGGUGUUAGUCUGCAUAUUUAGGGCACACAGAAGUCACAGUGCAUAUUCACUAUGGACACACAGGAGCUUGGCCUGGACUUAUUUACACAUCAUAUGCAGACAAAGGUUUGACUAUGCUAUACUGUGUACACACAGAAAGACUGAAUGACACACAACUAGUAGAGCCUUAUUUUUAGUGAGGCCUGCCAUGACACUGACAGGUCUGAAGGCUCUGGAGGGGAGAUGGGGUGUCAGUUUUUCAAGAGACCAUUACCAGCAGUUACUGUACACUCACAUAGUUGCAGCAAGUUUCAGUCUGCCCUUUUGACCUUUUACGCUUUUUUUUUUUUCAUGCUCUUAUUGUGCAUUCAUAAAGUAUUCCUCAAAGACAGCAGGGCCCGGUGGCCUGAUGAGUAAUUGAAUCCACAGAGCUGGCCUCUAAUGCAGUCCAUCUGAAACAGUUGGCCUUGACCGCGUGUUCAAACUGUUGUCAUUGCAGAACUGUAAAUAUCCUGUCUGUCUGUUUAAGCCCAUAUACAAAGAGUUGGGUUCGACACUUCUGUGCUAACACGUAAUAGCCAAUACUAAUACCAUUGACAGGGACAGGAGUGUGAGUGUGGGUUAUUUUAGUACCAAAGCAGCAGACUGUGUCAAAUCUGCAUCAGUCUAAACACAGGCUCAGAGCCACAGGCAAACACUCAUCAGACAUCACUAGUCUCAUUUCCACUUUGAUCAUAGCUCAGACUCAAUGCCAGCUCGAGAGUUUGUAAUGUUGACUCUCAGGAUGUUUGCAGUGUUCUGGAAACUAAACUUAAAAAUAGCUGAAGAAAAGAGGUAGUAAGAUGGUUCUGGGUCUAAACUGUCCCUAAAGACAUUCAGGGGCAGUUUAAUGUUUCUGAAGGGAUUAACAUUAAGACACAGGGUUUCCUCAUCACGAAAUUCUAUUUGUUUAUUUUUUAAAUCAAAAUGCUACAACCAUAGACUACUACCAGUACUUGCGAAACUGAAUGAGCUCCCAGAGGCCUGGACUCGUGCAGGAAUGUGACAAAUCUGAUUAACAUCCUGAUAUGUUUUAGUGACUUGGAGAAAAACACUGGAUGUGCAUUGCACUGGUAUAAAAUCAGUCCUGUGCAACAGAUGUAGAUAGAUAGUGUAUGAGGCUAGAUACACUCACAGUGAGGGGGAGGCUCACACAGACCAAGGCCAUUAGCAGUUAGCCACACUGAGAGGAAGUUUGGAUUCUCCAGUUUUUAGCCAUAGCUGAGACUAAAACCUGUUCUCCAGCCAGUUUCUGAUGAUGAUCGCAGCAUGAGUGGGAUAUUGAGGGUAUUAUCAUUUACUUGCUACUCUGUAGUUCUAGAGAAGAAAUGACAAAAUGGCACUGAUAGCAUAACCUGGCCAAAUUCUGUCAGCAGCUCUGGUGCAUACGGAGAUUCGUGCAGCGCCUGGCUAUAUCAAGGAACUGAUAGAUAUUCAUGCUCAGUGUCAGCCAACGAUCUUCAUUUAGAUCUCAGCUACUGUGGCUCUGAUGUUUCUGGCUGGUAAACAAAGUCUUUCUUGUCAAGUCUGGAGAGCCAAACCUCCUAAUUAGCCAGGCAGGCAGGCCUGCUGCCCAGUCCAGCCUCACAACUAUGCAAGAGGAAUGCAUAUAAUCCACACUCACUUUUUUUUUUCUUCAGUUUUUAUAUUUUCUUUUUCUCACCGUCACACAGUAGAAGUGAAGAUGUAAACCAAUAAGAACUUGCAAUGACAAUACUUGGCCUUAUGAUGAUUUAUGAAAUCUUAUCAUUUAGUUUUAAGAUCUUUUGAUUCUGGUCAGCCAGCCCAGCGACAGCAGCGGUGACGGCGGGCUCACUCUUGGUCUCUGUGAGACUGGCUAGACGGCCCCAGUUUUAUCGUGGUACGAAUGUUGUGCAUUUGUUUAAAAUCAGGACAGUUUGCAAUAACAGCAGUCUUACCAGUGGCCACAAAGGGGCACAAGCAGUGCUGACGGCGCCCGGCUGCGUCUUUAGAAAACCAUAGAGGAAGAAAUAUAAACUAUAUAAAUAGAUAUAUUAACUCACACAGUGCAUAUUUGUAUAGGUAUCAACAAUGCAUUACCGUGGUAUACUCUUAUGCAACACAUGUCCGGGUUCAAUUUAUGAACAUGAAGUAUAUUAUGAAAUCACACAGACUUUGUAAAUCAGAAGCUAUGUUGUUGUGUGUUUUUUGCAAAAAUGGUUUUACCAUCCUUAAUGUUGAAUAUUCUGAGUGUAAUGUUCCUGUGUGAUUGUGUUUGUUAAAGUGAGCACACAGCACUGGGUUUUACCUUCUUCCUGUAAGCAGGGAAUCGGACUGAACCCAAAACACAGCUGGACAAACGUCAGAUACUACAGAGAAUAUUUCAGAUGAUCAUAUUUACAAAAGUUCAAAAUCUGAUCUGCACAGAGCUUUGAAUAUUGGUGUAUAAAUUAGACAAACCCGAAUUGUAUGAUAAUGUUUCUUACAGAGCAACAUGACUUGGUAAGGCCAAGCAAAGCAGAAUUCCACCUUAAAGAAUAUAGUAAAGAAAUCAUUUUUAGUCAAGGGCCUGACUGACCUUUGAUAAAUUUGAAGUCUGAAAUCACAAUAUUGUAAUUUCAAAUCUUCUCAGCUGUUUUUUGGAUUAGUCUGCAGAGAAAGAGUCCUCUAUAGCUAAGAGGACAGAUUUUAUCAUUGAGAACAGUGUUGAUCCAUGGUUCUGUUGUGGAGAAAAGGGAGGGCGCAUUACAAACCUCCAUGUGAAACCUCUUAACUGACAGAUGGCGUACACUUUAGGGGUCAACCUGCCGAAUGUUGAUUUGAAUUAAUGUUGAAUGAAUGCUUCUCUUCUUUUAGUCAGUGAAUAAAAACAUUAAAAAGUCA